CAGCAAUUCUGGCAGCAAAUGGAGACUGUGAAAAAAGAAAUUCAAGAGUUACGUGUUGCGGAACUAGAGCUUUUGGGCGAAGGCGUCGAUCGUAAAGAUCGGGAGGGCGGUGAUGACGAUCCUGGUGGUGAUAACGAGGAGGAGGAUGCUGCAACUAAAGGUGUUGAACCGAAAAGCAAACCCGGAAAGGUAGUUGACAACAAAAUGUUGGCUAAGAAUGUCUGUGGGACUACUGGUGCUCGAAGUGGUAGUGGUCCCUCCACUUCUAAAGGUGGCGCCAACCCGGAUCUGACUGAGGAAGAAGCUGCUGUUCUCGCUGCUCUAGAGGGUAUACAACAAGUCAAAUUCAACAAAGAUGGGACGCUAGUAGCUGCUAGUUGUACUAAUGACGCGAAUAUUAAAACUGGUACUUCUGCAUCAAAUGAACAACAGGGAGGUGAUGAGAACAAUAAGGGCAAUGACAAAGAGGGUGUGGACAAAGACAUCAAGAAUAAGCAGAACGAAUCCUCUGGAGGUGGAACUACUGCUAAAAACGCUAAUAAAGGAGCUG